UCUCACCUCCAAACACUCAGAGUAGCCAGAGACGCGAAAGAGAAGUGAAAGAGGAGCUAGAGGAUCAACAGGCGGCCUAACAAUUUGCUGCUUUUUGCGAUACACACUCAGACUUGUGGAAAGUCUAUAAAGAAUGGAAAUGACUUAAGUUACUUUUCAAUCAAGACAACUCACUGUCAUGUGGAUGUACUUCAGUCGAAUUCUGUUGUUGAUGCAUUAAACAUGGCAAAUCUCUCAGCACAGAGCCCAGGGAGGCUCUCUGGAGAGGAUUAUCAGGACCAAAAAUGAAAAAACUUUCUGCCUGAUAGAGGUCAUACUCCUGCCAAGAUGAACCCAGAAUCUCUGGACUCGUCCAUCCAGAGUGCCCUCUCGGCCCUCUUCCCACCUUUCGAGGCUACAGCGCCCAUCGUCCUCAGCCAGCUGUUUCGCACCAUUGAGGAAUGUUACCACGGUGAUGCAUUACAGUGCCUGCUGGACUUCCUCAUCCCCUCCAAACACUUGCUGGAGAGUGUCCAACAGGCAGCAUGUGCUGGAUACUGUGAUGUGGUUUUCUGCUAUGAGGGCUGGCCUCUGUGUCUCCAUGACAAAACCGUCAUCCAGUUAGCACCUGUGAACCCUUUGCUGCUGCGUCCUGGAGACUUCUAUCUACAGGUAGAACCUUUCGGGGACCAAGCGGCUCGCAUCGUCCUCAAAAGUCUUCUGGAGGAGGGCUGUCGAGAAGUGGAGGAGACCCCCGUCCCUGAGACUUCCUACCCCUGCAUCUUCACUGAGGAAUGGCUGCAGGACAUCAAUGAAGGACGCCAUGGAACUCCUCUGUCACGCUGCUUGCUUUGCACAGAUCAAGGAGUAAUCAAGUUGCCCUGGGCUAAAAUCGCCAUCCCAGAGUUUUUAGACAAGCCUAAGAUCAUGCCCACUUAUCGGGAAGCUCCUCCUGAGCCAAGACAGAUCUCAGUUCCCUCCCAUUUUAACUCCGCCACCCUCCCAAUGGAAGUAAUUUUUCUUUCUGCAAAAGACAGGAUGUCAGCAUCUUUGAGACCUGUGGACUGUUCUUCCAAACUUGUCAAAAUGGAACAUGAAAGACGAACCCCCAAAUCAUACUCCAAACCUUUGAUCAAACCUGUGGGCUGGGUUUCUCCUAAUACCUGGGACAGUCGUAACUAUCGAGAGAUUGAGGGUGAUUAUGUAGACCUGGUGGAUAUCGGCAAAGGGAAGGAGUUUCUGGAUAAACAGAGAGACAGCCAUCCAUAUCCACCCAAUUCGGUUUUGUUCAAACCUGUCAGACCACCUCCACCUGUACCGCAUGGGAAUAGUGUUCCCUGUGGACGCACCCUUCAGUAUGCAGAGGAACCUUGUACGCCUUGCAGCCAGGGAAGGCUGGGGCACGAGCCCACUGAUCAAGACUUGAAGUGUAGGUACAGAGACUCAUACGUGGCAGCACUGAGAAACCCGGUCCCUUUUGAGAGGGGGAGUGUAGACCUCCUGGAUGCGGAGGUCAGCCUUUGUGAAGAGGGAGAGUUAAGAUCCAAGGGUACAUCUGAAGCUCAAAGAGACGAACUUGGAAACUUGUGUAACCACUGUAGUAAACCCGUGAUAAGUGAUGAGCUCUGCCAAUACAGACACUGGUGUGAACCAACACCAGGAAACAUUGCAUCUCACCUCAAAGACCUUCCUACAAGUUUUGAAUCAGAAAACCUUAUGAAGGAACCACCCAUGGUUUUGAAAUCAACCCCUGGUUUGGGCCAUAGUCAGAAAGUUCAGAUGAAACUUAUUUCCCACCAAUCAGGGCAUAAUGCUAGUAUGCAUCCAGGAUCAGGUGUGUUGUUGGAGAACUGUGAUGGUGACAUGAAACCACAUCAGAAGGUGGAGGUUGUGAAAACAUCAGGAAAACACAAAGUUAAGGUUAGGUCUCUGUCCACUGUGUCAGAGACAUCUAAAGGGAGUCCACUUCUCUAUAAACUUAACAGCAGGAGUCACAGUGACAUCUGUCCUGAAACAAUCACCAGCAUCAUGCAGUGUAAGGAAGAUGAACUGUUAGAUCAGGUGACUCAGAAGCUGGAAAGACGGAAGUCCCCUAAAAAAGACUCCCAGUCAAGUAGGAGUGAAACUCCCUCGACCACAGAUGGACAAGACUCCAAAAUCCAUAACUCAAAGAUAGAAAAGCCAUCUUCUUCACAAGCUCGACUUCCUUCUGCAAGUUCUGACACUCCUCAGUCUCCACAAACCGAGGAAUCAAGUUUCAGAGGCAUCAUUGGUCUGCUUGAACUGGGCAUUAUUUGUUUGCCAGGCAGCAGAGACAGGACAGGCAGGGCAGUGGUGGAGGUCUACAGUGGCAGAAAAGAGUGGAUGUCCCCUCUUGUGUCAGCCCAGAAUGUCUGUGAAUUACUGCUCUACAUACACUCCAUACCAAGGAAAGAAGUUCGAGAACUGGGAAUGACCUUGGUCAUCAAUGCCAGGAAGAAGCCUCCUUCACUUCACCUCUACAAAGCUCUGCUGAUGGCCCAGGAGCAAGCUCUCCAUGCUGUUCACAGUAUCGUGAUGCUGGUGGAUAAAGACACUUGUCCUCGACCUGAAAAACAGCCAGGGUUACAGAUGGACAUGGUGACUUCUAUGAAAGCCCUCAACAAGACAGUUGAAGCUUCCCAGCUGACCUCUGACCUGGGAGGGACCUUUACGUACAGUCACACUGACUGGCUGCAGUUUCAUCAGAGACUGGUUUCUUUCAUGACUAACCUGCGAGGGGCAGACUGCUUGUUGCAGAAGGCCAUCAAGAAAGUGGAUGGCAGCAAAAAGAUAGACACUGCCCAGGAAGUGCAGCAAUGCAUUCAGGAACAGGGGGCCUCAAUGAAAGAGGUGCUGGAAGACGCUCGACUGGUCACUCUGCAAAGAGAAGGAGGGGCCAUACUGGCCAGAAUGAGGAGAGAAGAGUUCAGAUUUCCACAGUCUGAGGACUACAGAGAUGCUCUGGAGUCAGUGACAAGUCUGUAUAACCAGGUGGAGGAGAAGCUCCACACUCUGGUGAUGAGAUCAAAUGAGUCACUGCAGUACUUGGAGUUCCUCUUCAGGCUCAGAGAGAUGGAGGCCAAAAUUUGCAUGGCUGGGAUGUGGUUCAAUACAGAAGGCGAACAGAGACUCAAGGACUCUUACACAACUGAUGAUACCCUGGUGUGCACUGAAAAGGCCUUGCAGCACUUUAAUCUGUUUCUCACUCAGUCUAAGGAGAAACAACAGUACACCCUGACCCUAGUGACGGCGGCAGAGGGAAUUGUUGGCAUGAGUGAUUCCAGUCCUGCAACAGAUAUUUUUCGGACUCUGGUCAGCACUUUCAAAUCCAAUAUGGAUGAUUUUAUGUUGCGGGCAGAGCAGAGGUACAAAGAACUGGACACACUGGUGCAUGUGCACCGCUUCUGUGAACAGGCAUCUGCCCUGGCCAAAGAAUGCAGUCAUUAUUUGGAGAAGGUAGACCAGGGGUGUUACUCAACUCAGACCCUGAGCACACUCCAGAUGUAUAAAGAGAGAUUAGGUGGAGAAUUCUCCACCUCACACUUCCAGGCUCUGAAAGCUAAGGUCUGUGCCGUGGGAUCAGGGGCCUCUGGGGUGAUGAGUGUGUGGAAUGCAGCCUGGGUCCAGUGCCAAGAAGUCAGGCAGUGUCUUGAGGAGAUGCAGAAGAAGAAAGACGUAGAUAAGAACCAGAUCCAGCAGACCACAGCUGCAAGCCCCCAAGGGGAAGACGGAGGAAUGGAGAAGAAGGAGAAAAGGAGUGAGGUGGGAGAAGAUGAAUGCUUUCUGACACAGCAGCUAACCUCUCGGAAAGAGGUAGACAUAAUCUCAGAAAGUGAAGGAGAAAGCACCAGUGCUGCAUGCUUCAACCACCAUUUAAAACCUGACACGAAAGUACCACUUAAAAAUGAGAAAAUGACUCCUGUUUUUCCACAAAAUGACUGUCAACCAGAAAGCAAAUGGAGGCCAAGAGAUCACCACAGCGAGACUGAUCUGAGGAGCGCAGACUCAGUUGAAAAGGGCGAUGAUUUUCCAUCGCACCAACCUUUGGUUCGGUCCCGAAGCGAGGGCUCAUGUGUGAGAUCUCAUUUGACGAGCAUCCCUGGCUUUUCACCUCUGAAUAUAAGACACAAACACUGUCAGAGCAUGACGCAGCCACUGGAACAAAAUCUGCCCAUUUCCCAUAACGAGAGUUUACGGUCAGGAAACCUGAGCUGCGAGUCAAAAAGAGACAGUAAUGAAGCAGAGGGUGAAGGAUGCAAAACCUCCACUCAGAGCCCGAAAGAUUUAAAGACCCCAGAGACAUUACUCACACCAACAGAAAACAAUGGCAGCAAUGAUUUGAAACUGCGGAGGAUCAUGGAGGAGCUGCAGUCCACAGAGAGAGAGUAUGUGAAGGCUCUGGGUUACGUCCGAGAGCACUACUUCCCAGAGCUGGAGAGGGCUGACGUUCCUCAGGACCUCAGGGGCCAGAGGGGGAGCAUCUUCGGUAACUUAGAAAAACUCCACGACUUCCACCGACAUCAUUUCCUGAACGAGUUGGAGAGCUGUAUGAGCGAACCUUUCAGAGUGGGACGUUGCUUCCUACGACAUAGCGAGAGCUUUGCUUUGUAUGCCCUUUACAGCAAGAACAAACCACAGUCGGAUAAUCUUCUCAUCAAUCAUGGGCAGGCUUUCUUCAAGCAAAAGCAACUGAAGCUGGGGGAUAAAAUGGACUUGUGGUCGUACCUGCUGAAGCCUGUGCAGCGGAUCAGUAAGUACAGCCUGCUGCUGCAGGACAUGAUGAGGGAGUGUGGUCCAGGACAAACCAGAGAGAUGGCUGAGGUCAAGGCCGCCCUAGAGGUCAUCCACUUCCAGCUCCGCCACGGCAACAACCUGCUGGCCAUGGACGCCAUCCACCACUGUGACGUUAAUCUGAAGGAGCAGGGGCAGCUGAUACGCCAGGAUGAGUUUUUGGUAACAUUCAGGAAGAAAAAAUGUUUCCGCCACAUUUUUCUCUUUCAAGAACUCAUUCUCUUUAGCAAGACCAGAAAGACGGAUGUAGGAAAUGACACAUAUAUCUACAAGCAGUCAUUCAAGACGUCAGAUAUAGGACUGACCCAAAACAGCGGGGACAGUGGCCUGUGCUUUGAGAUCUGGUUCAGGAAGAGGAAAACCCAGGACACAUACACACUUCAAGCAGUUAGCCAGGAGGUGAAGGACACCUGGACCAAGGACCUGGAGCGGAUCCUGUGGGAGCAGGCAGUACACAACAGAGAGGUCCGUAUGCAGGAGAGAGUGUUCAUGGGUAUUGGAAACAAGCCUUUCAUGGACAUCCAGCCCAGUGAUGCAGCUAUCAAUGACAGAGCUGUCAACUAUGUACUGAUGGGAAGAGAAAACAAGGUGCUAUCCCCUGUGGGAUCAUGUGGUUCACAGGACGGGCUUCCUGGGGGGCGCCCGAAAUCUGUUGGUUCAGGAAGCAGUUCAUCUUCCUCCUCUUCUUCUGGAAGAGGUUCCCUGUCCCCUGUGGGAUACCUGUGUGGGCCAAAGCGGAGGGUGGUUUCUGGGGGCCUUGGAGGAUAUGUAUCGCCUCCUGGAGCUCUGGAGGAGGACGAUCUGGACCAUGAGAGUGGGAGUCAGAACUUAUUGUUGGACAGCUCCGAGUCGUCAGGAGAAAGUGUGAGUGGCUUCAGCAGUUCCAGUCACAGCUACCAGUCUGCUAUUGGAGGAGAGGACACCUCCUCGGUCUGUGCCUCCACAAUCACUGUUAAGGAGGCUCAUGGAGCUGAGACCUCUGCAGUCUUCCACAAACCAAAUGCUCUGGCAGGAUCCCCAGAAAAAAUCCAACCACCAGUUGCACCCAAGCCCAAACCACAAUACCAGGCCAAGGAUCUGCCCUGUAGCAAGGUUCAGAACACCAGUGUAGGAAAAUCCACUGAGGUUUGACCUGCGAGAUACGAUUUGGAGGCAACACAAGAAAAGCAGAGAGCAGUCGCUGGUGUCAGUGUUGAAGAACUAUUUAAACACUUUUAUACCAGCUCUUACUGUAAUCCAUUACCACUCUGUAAAUAAACCUUUUUAAUCUCACCACUAAAACAAUAGGUCAGAAAAAUGUCUAUAAAUGUACUGUAUUUUGAACGGUGAUACAUUUUGAGCUGCAUACCUGACAUGGCUUUGCAUAGUCUGCUGUAAAUCAAUAUAGUUCCAUAGCUCAUGCAAAGGAUCAUAGAGUUGCUAUGGUAUUUGAGUCUGUGCCUAUUAUUCAUAACAUAAUGCUUAACAUUACAGCAGUCAAAGAAUGUGGCUAAAUAAUUCUGGUGAAAUAAAAUGUGCAGACUUGUAUGAGCAUGCCUCAUCCUGAUCACAGAGGAGUUCAAUAAAAUCUUGUGAAGGUCUGUGAUGAAUUGUAUCAUAAAGGCAGUAAACACCAUAAUGGCAUCUUUUAUGUCCUAAAUGUAAUGCCUUUUGUACAGAUUUAUCAAACUUAAUUACAACUUAUGUGUCUUACUUAUUUCCUCUGAAAAUAAAACGCAUUCACUCUGUCCUUUCUUUUGAUUAACAGUUUUGUAUGAACUAAUAUGUUACUGGUAUGGAGAUAUUCAGCUAUGUAACAGUUGCAUGGCUUUCUAUUUGAAAUACAGAAUAUUUGCAGUGAUGAUGAAUAUGUUGUCUUUUAUCUGUGUUUUUUUGCAAUAAACUUAACUAAGCUUAACAUACUUACAGUGAGAUUGAAAUCUCUAAACUCAAAUAUUGGUGGCUAAUAUCUGUCUUUAAUUUGCAUUGCCAAAUAGUUCCAUUAUUAAUCAGAUGAGGUACUAAUAUAGCUGAGAAAUGAAUAUAUAAUACAGAUGUAAUAUAUGCUAUAAUAUGUUAUACUGAUGUAUUUACCUGAUUAAAUGAAAGCAAAUGAGCCAUCAGAACAUCAUAUCAUCCAUAUUUUUCGUGAGUAUUUCAUGUGUAUAAGAAACUACACAAAAUGUAGAGAAUCACUUACUGCCACAAUACUAACUUUAUAAAAAGUGCAGUGAAGAAAAUUAAACAUUGUAGCCACAUGACACUGUAUUGCAGACAUUUAGUGUAACUACAAACAAAAGUAUUUACAAGGAAAUCUGAUUUUAACCUAGCAUUUACCUCUGUACCUCCUUCUAUGACACAGGCCAUGAUUUCUGCAAUGUGGAAAAAGUCACUUCCCUUUUACCAUUUCAUGGAACUUUCUUUGGAACUACUUGGUCAAACUUGUGAGUCAGUGACUUUGCCUGAAGCAAAGGUAAUUGACAGGAUGUAUUUAUUAUUAUUCAGCAAUGUGCUGCCUUAAUGAUUGUCUUUAUUUUAUUUUUACAAGGCCUAUUUUAGCCUAUUUUAAGGGGAGUUUAUAAUAAAUAUUCUGUUUGCUCUGUA